UCUAGAACCCCAAGGAGGGGGUGGAGAAGGGGGGCACUGGGGUGGGGGCGCCGGGCCUCUGCCCCCCUGUCUCUGGGCCUCCUCCUCCCUGGCCCCUUGCUCUCUCCUUCUUCUGCCUCAUCUUCUCAUCUCUUUCCUUUUCCUCCCCUUCUGGGCUCCCCUCCCUCACCCAGCUUCUGCCCUGCCUGCCCUGACCUGCUGGCCUCCCUCCCCCAUCAUCGUCACCCCCCUUCCGCCCUAGAGGAGUUAGGCAGCUCUGCCAGCCCUGCAGACUGUUUGGAAUAGUUUAAAUGCUUUGACACUCGGGCUGUACUGGAUGGCAGGGUGGCAGUUUGCUGGGUAAUUCAUAUGCAAAACUGCACUAUAAAUUUCCAGGCUGUCUCAGUUGCCGUGGCACCACGAAGCGUCUCUCCACGUACAGUACAGUAUUUCUGCCAUCUUUGUUUGCAUUGCAGUGAGUCAUCAAAAGUCUGUCUUGUACCAACACCCGGAGCCGCGCAUUCCUCUGGCACCAACACUCCACUGUUUUUAAAGCUGGGGCUGGGAGCUGGCAUUUACUUCGGCUCCCAAAUCAAAGGCGGCUAUUCAUUCCCGAGAGCUGCCUGAAUGUCCGUCUGCAUCCGGCCUCUUCAUUUAGAUGCUGUGCGCUGCCCCAGAGAGCUGGGCUGGGUGCAGCUGAGCCGCGGCCGAGCCCAGCUCCGAGACUCUCUCUCUGCCCUCCUCCUCCUCCUCCUCCUCCUCCUCCUCCUCCUCCUCCUCCUCCUCCUCCUCCUCCUCCUCUCCCGGCUCCUCGCGCCCUCCCCACCCCAAGGGCUCCCGCUCCGUUUGCUGCAUUCUCCGAGCAGCUGGCGGCUGCGGGCGGCCGGCGUGCGGGCAAGCCUGCCCCUGCCAGGCUGAGCGGGCAGUGCCGGGGCCACGGCGGCAGCGGCCAAAGAUGUGCCCCGCUCGGCUGCUCCCGCGCUGAGAGUCUGAGGCGAGCCCACGGUGCCUGCCCGCCAUGUCGCAGACGCUGCACAUCGAGAUCCCCAACUUCGGGAACACCGUGCUCGGCUGCCUCAACGAGCAGCGCCUGCUGGGCCUCUACUGCGAUGUGUCCAUUGUGGUCAAGGGCCAGGCCUUCAAGGCCCACCGGGCCGUCCUGGCCGCCAGCAGCCUCUACUUCCGCGACCUGUUCAGCGGCAACAGCAAGAGCGCCUUCGAGCUGCCGGGAACCGUGCCGCCCGCCUGCUUCCAGCAGAUCCUGUCCUUCUGCUACACGGGCAGGCUGACCAUGGCGGCCAGCGAGCAGCUCGUGGUCAUGUACACAGCCGGCUUUCUGCAGAUCCAGCACAUCGUGGAGCGUGGCACAGACCUCAUGUUCAAGGUGAGCUCGCCCCACUGCGACUCGCAGACCGCCAUGAUCGAGGACGCCAGCUCUGAGCCCCAGAGUCCCUGCAACCAGCUGCAGCCGGCCGCUGCCACCGCCCCCCCAUACGUCGUGUCCCCCUCCGUCCCCAUCCCGCUGCUGACCCGCGUGAAGCAUGAAGCCAUGGAGCUGCCGCUAGCCGCCGGCCCGGGCCUGGCCCCCAAGCGCCCGCUAGAGACGGGGCCCCGGGACGGCGGGACGGCGGCGGUGGGUCCUGCGGUUGCGGCGGGCACGGCCCCUCUCAAGCUGCCCCGGGUCUCCUACUAUGGGGUGCCCAGCCUGGCCACCCUCAUCCCCAGCAUCCAGCAGGUGCCCUACUCCCAGGGGGAGCGGACCAGUCCGGGGGCCAGCAGCCUGCCCACCACCGACAGCCCCACCUCCUACCACAACGAGGAGGAUGAGGAGGAUGAUGAGGCCUACGACACCAUGGUGGAGGAGCAGUACGGCCAGAUGUACAUCAAGGCCACGGGCAGCUAUGCAGUGCAAGAGAAGCCGGAGCCAGUGCCGCUGGAGAGCCGCUCCUGCGUCCUCAUCCGCCGCGACCUCGUGGCCCUGCCCGCCAGCCUCAUCAGCCAGAUUGGGUACCGCUGCCACCCCAAGCUCUACUCCGAGGGGGACCCUGGCGAGAAGCUGGAGCUGGUGGCAGGCUCUGGCGUCUACAUCACUCGUGGCCAGCUGAUGAACUGCCACCUGUGCGCAGGAGUGAAGCACAAGGUCCUGCUGCGGCGCCUGCUCGCCACCUUCUUUGACAGGAACACGCUGGCCAACAGCUGUGGUACGGGCAUCCGCUCCUCCACCAGUGACCCGAGCCGCAAGCCGCUGGACAGCCGAGUCCUAAACGCUGUGAAACUAUACUGUCAGAACUUCGCGCCCAGCUUCAAGGAGAGCGAGAUGAACGUGAUUGCCGCAGACAUGUGCACCAACGCCCGCCGCGUCCGGAAGCGCUGGCUGCCCAAGAUCAAGUCCAUGCUCCCUGAGGGCGUGGAGAUGUACCGCACGGUCAUGGGCGCCUCGGCCGCCAGCACACCCCUGGACCCCGAGUUCCCGCCCGCCGCGGCGCAGGUGUUCGAGCAGCGCAUCUACGCUGAGCGGCGGGGUGACGCAGCCACCAUCGUGGCUCUGAGAACUGACGCCGUGAAUGUCGACCUGAGCGCCUCCACCAACCCCGCCUUCGAAGCCGGCGAGGAGGCGGACGGGGCCGGCUCUGUCAUCCAGGAGGUGGCUGCGCCCGAGCCACUGCCCGCCGACGGCCAGAGCCCCCCGCAGCCCUUCGAGCAGGGCAGCGCCAGCACCAGCCGGCCCGCGACGCCGGCCGCGGCCAGAAGACAGGAGGGCCCGUACUCGGGGACCUUGUAGGCGACGACAAGGCCAGGACCCGGCGCGGAGCUGGUACUGAAGCUGCUUGCAUGCGUUACUAAUACAGACAAAUGUGAUCAAGCCACUUACCUACUGGACUGCUACUGUUGCCUGAAAAAAAUGUGAUUUUUAUUCUGCUUGUAUUUAAAAUUUAUGAAGGAAACAAAUGCAUUCGUUAUACUGUAAACGAUUAGGCCACUGGCGACCUAGUUGUGAGAAAGGUCCCGGGGCUCCUUUUUGAUAUUCGAGAGGUUAGUCUCCAAGUUGUAGCUUCCCCUCCCCGUCGUGGGGAGGGGGCGAGAGGCCGCCUGGCCUGGGACUCAGCGCCGCCGGCCUCCCGCCCCUCCUGCUCCCUCCGCCCGCCCGGGACGAAGCCAGGGGCCUUGUUGUGGGAGCAUGUGUCUCGGGACCCUUGUUCCUUACCCAUGGGACCCCCUCACCUCUCUGGGGCCACGGGCCAGGGCUGGGCCCCCAGGGGCCAAACUCCUCGUUUUCCCUUCUGAGACUCCGGAGCCAGGCCUGCCGGGUCCACUGUGUGGGAUGUGGGUGCGUGUGUGGGAGUGUGUGAGCGUGUGUGAGCGUGUGUGAGCCCGUGUGCAGGGAACAGUGGUAAUGGCACGGUGGUGGGUCCUGCUAGUCACUGCACGUGGACAAAGUGUUCUUGGCUGUGUCUGUUCUCCUGCCCCACGCCCGUGGGGUCUGCCCCACCCCUGCAGCUCCACAGACCCUAUGUCCACCUGGGACCGAGCACCCACUGGCUCCCACCUGGCCACCUGCCUGGCCGUCCACCAUCCUGUGGGGUGGGGCCACCGCCCCUGGUGCAGCCCACGCAGCCCUCAGCCACGUUGGGUUUGUGUUUGUUUAUUCAUUUUCGUCUUAACUCAGAUCUAUUUCAUAUAUGGUUUGGAAACUUUCCAACCCAAAAGAGCAAAAAAAUUGGGGAAGAUUGGGUGUCCCUGCCCCAACCCACUAUGGCAUAGGGUUGGGUCCAUCUGUCUACCAUGUCCCCUAUUCGCACCCCAGCCCUGGGCCAGGUCCCACUCACCUCCCUUUGGGGGCAGGGGUCCCAGGGAGGUGCAUCGGGGUGUGCAAUGGAGGAAGGGGUGGGGCCCUGUUUGGCGGGAGCUGGAGUCCAGGCUGGGGCUGGAGCAAGGCCCCCUCAGUGCUGGGCUCCCCCAUACGUGCUCUGAGCCUUGGGGUGUGCCUGCCUCUGAGGCAGUGGGUGGGUGGGCGUGGAGCUGGGGUGGGGUACAGGUGCAGAAGGCUGGGAAUGCAUGGGGUGGGGUGUAGGAGUUGUUGCUUUGAGGCUGGAAUGCUCACUGUGGCAUUUAAUUGAUGUCUUUGGGGAAGGGGCACAGGCUGUCCCAAGUGUUGGUGUCCAUUUGUUCAGAGGCUGCCUUCCCCCAAGUCCCAGGCAGCCUCCAGGUGUGGCCAGAGGCACCCCUCACCCCCUGCUGCUUCCUCCUGCCCCCUUGCCCGACAGAUGUGGCUUGGCCCCCCUGACCUGCAAAGCUGAGGGGGCGCCUGGCCCCCCGCGGGUCCCAGCCUGGGACAGCCUGUGCAAAGGCUUGGGUGCUUUCCCACCCAGGCUCCUCGUCCUGCUGACUGCCACCCUCCCGUAUGGCGGGCCCUUGGGAGACCUCGGGUAGGGGUGGGGUAGGAGUAGGGGUGCCUUCCAGCCAGGCAUAUGCAUGCCUGUCCUCCAGAAAGCUCUCAUGGCUUCCAGACCAGGGCAGGGGGCCCUGGAUGGGCACCUGGGGGCUAAUCAGCCCCACUACCCUCCCCUCCCUGCCCAGGCACAGGGAAGGCCAGGCCCUGGGGUCCUGGCCCGCAGGAGCCACAGCUCCUUCCUGCUGGGGCUGUGAACCCCCCACCUGGCCCAGAGGCGGCCCUCUCUCUGGGAGGAGGCCUGCUCCGUCUCAGGCCCAGGUGGGGUUGGAGUGGGCACAGCCCGGCCCACAGCCCAGGAGGGACCAGGACCAAGCCCUCCUGGAGUUGGGAGGGGGCCACGCCCCCCAGGUCCUCAGGGGGUGGGGCGGGGCACUGGUGGUGGUGAGGCCGCCCUGACCCCACCAUCUCCCCUCCGGAUCAGCUCAUCUGCCCCUGCCUCGCAUUUGCACUUUUGUCUGACCACCCCUGGGGACCUCCAGGAGCUGGCCGCCCAUCCGGCUGUUGACAGAAGGGCUCGCUCUCCCCUUUCCUCCCUCAGACAUGGGCACGCCCCGACCCGAGGCCAGGCUGGGAGGGGUUCAGCGGGCAGAGGAGGCGGUGGCCUCCGGAGAAGGCCUGACACCCCCCUCUCCGCUCAGGCCAGCACAAUGUCCCCGUGACCUCUGUCCUUUACUUGUUUUAUAAUCGCCGUCUGUUCUGUUGUUCUGGGUAAGGAAGGCAAGAGCUGUAGGUGAAACUUUAAUAAUAAUCAAAUGUGAAUGGUUCUGCGCUCUCCCUGCGCCCCGGGUGGGCCAGGCCGAGCCUUUUGCACUAAUGUGUCCCGCGGUGGACGUGGGUGGGGAGCGUUUGCAGACGGGCAUGGCUGUUGAUUCUAUCUGCCGGGGCGCUCCCUCCGCGUCCUGAAUGUUCCGCGGGGCAGGCGGCGGCGGGCCUGGGCUCGGAGCGGCCUUCCAGAGUGCCUUAGCAUCUUUUAAUCAUUUUUCCCAAGGAAAUCCAAUUCAGAGAACCGAACCCUCCCCCCCUCUGUUUACAAGACAACUAAUUCCUGUCCUGUGAGCGUGGUCCUGACUCACCCAGACCCUGUAGACCGAGAGACGAGCCACUCAGUACUUGUAAGAUGUGUGCACCUUUAUCCCUAAGCUUGGCUGUUAGCAAUACGCAUAUACUACUUAGUCUAUAUAGAGCUAAGUCCUAUCAGCGCCUUUCGAGGAAAGAAGGGCUGGGCCGUGUCCCGGCGGCUGCAGCAGCCGCUUGCCCUCUCCUGCCCUCCCCAGCAGGACGGGGUGUGCGGCAGGAGGUAGCUGGGACGAGUGCAAAGGUCCAGGAGGAGGGCCCGGGAGAUGUGACAGAUACUGUGAGUUUGGGGGCCGCCCGGCCGGCGCGCCUCGGUACUUGAAUCCUGUCUUUCUGCACUGUGUCUGGUCUCGCCCAGAGUUCUCUGUGGUUGCUUCACUUUGCAUUUGACUCGAUUGUCUUACCUUGCCCCUGAAUGUGGACGAGAGACCAGGGGAGAGGCCUCUGGGUGUGCAGCCUGUGGCCGCAGCCCGCUGUCCUCUUGCCGGGGCUCCGGGAGCUGGGUGUGUUUCUCCUCUGUGAAAACUGAUUCCUUGGCAGUGAUUGUGUUUAGGGACGGGAGGGAGGGAUGCAGAGGCUGGGCCCGGGAGGGGCAGGGGCAGGCCGGCCCACGGAGCCUGCUCCAUGGUCUGGGGGGACUCUGGUGUGCCUGGCCCUGACCUGUCCCCCUUAAAUGGCCGGAACCUUCUGGCACUGGCCCCGUGCGUGCCACCCCAGCCAUUUAGUGCUUAGAUUCCCCUCUAACGGGUUCUUUUUAUGGCAAUGUCUUGCUGCAAGUAGAAAAAGGCCUAUGGCCCAUUAACCAACUGAAAACUCAGAGAAAACCUGUUUGCCUCUGCCAGCAGUAAAUCCUAAACACAGAACUGAGAGUUCAUAGCCGUCUUGAGCUUUAACUACUGUUUCAGAACGCUGCUGCUGCACAGAUCGGUGACGCCAGCCAGCCCGCUCCGAGCCCGGCCCUGCUGGGGGCCGGAGACCGGCGGGGCUCAGAACCAGAGGUUUCUAAUCUGGCAAGGGUUUCUGGGUUUUGUGUGUUUGUUUGUCUUUUGUUUAUUUGGGGGAGAAAAGUGAAAAGGAAAAUUAUGCAGAAUCGAAAGCAUUCAGAUUGGACAACCUGCUUGAAUUCUGAUCAGUCGCUUCAUUGUUAGUGUUUUGCACAUGAUUGUAAUUUUUAUGUCAAAAGAAGCCAAAACUUGCAAUACUAUUUUUAGCAGACAAAAAAAAAUAAGAACUACGUAUAAAACGUCUAAAUAUUUUUGACUUGAACAUUUGGAUGGCACUGGGUGCAAAUAGACCGUUCAUCCUUCGGACGGAGUGUUUGGAAAAAAGAGACUUUUAAAAAGGAGACGGUUGUCGUAAAGUGUCUGUGGAGGAGUUAAGUAGUACUGUAACUCACGACUGUUAAACAUGAAUAAAUAAACGAACUGUCCCUGUGCUGUAAUAAAAGAGGCUUUUUUCACAGUAACACUGAGUUUAAUUUCAGCCACAGAAGAGGCUACCUUUUUUUCUCUUUUUUCUUUUCUUUUUUUUUUUUUCGGUUGAAGAAGGAGGAAGCCUCUGUUUGCUCUUCCUGCGCCUCCCUCUCCUUUUGCUGCUACUCGGCAGAGUCCAGACUGUCGCUUUUUAGCCACGGCUGACACCGUAUCGUAACUCAGACCACAGAAUCCGCCAGCGACCAGGAAACCGAGGGGCUUCCAGUGCUCAGAGCCAGUUUCAGGAGGUGGAAAUCCGUUACAAACAAACAAAAGGAUGUGAUUGUUCGUUGUAAAGCGCUUUGUAAAAUUCACAUUUACAGAAUAAUAAAGUCAGUUCAAACCCA